AUGCUAUCUUAUUCAGUGAGUAUGCAGUUUAUUAUUUUUAUGUAUUUUUCUGUGUGAUACCACAAAAAAAAUUUCCUAGGUAUGUCCACCAGUACUACUCGCCUGACCAGUACCAGUCAGCCCACCAACACCACUGCGUCUGUCACCUUGACGACUCAGCCCACCACCACCAGCCAGACAACAAGAUCCACCACAGCUUCAUCAGUCACAUCGUCACCACUCAAUAUUACAGUGGUGACCACAUCCAAGAUUCCUUUCACUUCUGUAACAGCCACAUCAAAAUCUGAGGCUGUUGUAGCCAAAACCUCCAGAUUUGAUGCAGGCAGUUUUGUAGGUGGCAUUGUGCUGACACUUGGAGUCCUAGUUAUCCUCUACAUCGGAUGCAAAACCUAUCACUCUAGAAGAGGCAUUCAGUACAGAACCAUUGAUGAACAUGAUGCCAUCAUUUAA